GUUGAAGGACUUCCUAAUUGGGUAGAGGAUCAACUGGGAGACACGGCUGGCUCUUCUCUUAUUGCGGGAUAUUUAAGGAAUCCUGCAGCAACAUCCACCUGGGUCUCCAGCAUAGGUGAACUGACAGACAGACCACACAGCAGUAUGGACAGAAUCAUUGGGAACGAUCCUGUAUUGUCAUCAAUAAGAAGCUACAAUCAUAAAGGUUUUUCAGUGUCGACUAAUAAUGACUCAGAAUGGAGCAGACCUCUAACCUCUGUGAUGACAUCUUCAUUCUCACUGCAAAAAGGUCUCACUUUCUGUGAUGACUCAAGUUAUCACAAGCCAUCAGACAGGGAGGCUGAAGUCAAGAUACAAAUGAUUGAGGCCAAGUUCCAGAAAGAGAAACUGAAAUUGCAGCAGAAACAUGAUGUAGAUGUGCAAAAGAUUCUUGAUCGUAAAAACAAUGAAAUUGAAGAUAUGAAGAGCCAUUACAAAGCAAAGAGCAAAGAGAUGGAAGAGACAAUUGGUAAACUGGAAAGAAAAGUACAAACUUUGAUGAAAGAGACAGAAUUCAUUAAGCAGACAAAAGAUAAACAGAUCUCAGAGUUGAGAAAGAUAACAGAAGAAUCAAAUGAGGCAAGAAGGAAUGACUUUGACAAAAGGCUACAUGAUGCCAUGGCAGAAUUUGAACAAGUCAAGUUUGAGCUGCAGAAGCAACACACCCAGAACAUCCAGGAGAUCCUAGAUGACACCAACAACAGACUGCAGCACAUGGAGGCUGAGUACAGUCAGCAGACAACUGCUUCUACUAACUUGAUUAAAAAGUUAGAGUGCAGAGUUCAGCAGCUGAUGAAGGAUGUUGACUGCACUUUGAGCCAGAGGUCAGAAGAGGAGAAGGAAAAGAAUGAAGCAUUGGCCAAGUAUGAAAAGCUGGCAACUGCAUAUGAAAGGCUGAAGGAAAAACUGUGCCAGCUGGAGAGGGAGCAGCAGAUGAGUCAGGAGAAUCAUCAACUGGAGAUGCUGGGCUUGAAGAGUCAAGCUGAAGCAAGUCUGGAACACAUGGUACAUGAGCAUACAUUUGCAGCAAGCAAGGCUGCCAGUACAAUAUCAGAGCUUGAAGAAAAUAUUGAUCAUCUCAAAAAAUCACUGAAAGAUGCUGAGGAUAACUGGCGCCAACAGAUUAAGGAGUUGGAAGAAACACAUCAGCGAAGCAGAAAUCAUUUAGAAAAUAUCCAGGAGAAGCAGAUAAGUAAAUUGAAAAAAGAAAAGGAACAAAUAGAUGAAACUUGGGCCAUCAGAGUAACAAAACUUGAGCAGCAGCUUAGAGAGAAAGAGGCCACAGUCAGCCAGCUGAAGGAACAGAAUCAGCAGCAAAGUGUGCAGGCAAAGAAGGCACUGGAAGAGUUUAAGGCCCAGGUGGAGAAAAAUCAGAAACGCAUUUAUGAGGAGAUGAAGGAGCAGAUGCAGCAAGUUGUGACUGAUUUAACCAAAUCAAAACAGGCACGUGAGAAACAGUCAAAAGAGUUUUCCAGGCACUUAGAGGAAGAGCGAUGUAGACAUCAAAAUGAGAUAUCAGAGACAAGGACAGCUUUUGAGGCUGAGAAAGCAAAAAUGCUGAGGGACUUUCACAUGCAGAAAGAAUAUAUCUUGAGAGAACACGAACAAGACAUCGGGCAUUUGAAAGAGUUUCAGGAGACAGAGAUUCACAAGUUAGAAACAAGGAUGAGGGAGAAGCAGGAUAAAUUUGAGAAGUCAUCAACAGAGAAUGAGCAGCUGGUUCGAGAUCUCCGGGAACAGUUAGUUCAGGCUAAUCAGCUACGCAAGCAACAACUUGUGGAGUUGGGGAUUCUCAGGGAGGAAGAGAAACAGAAAAUUCAGAGAGAUCAUGAAGCAGAGCUGACCAGACUGAAAGCAGCAUAUGAGCAGCAGAAAUUACAGCUAAGUAAAGCACACAGUGCUGAAAUGGAGUCUGUUUUGGAGAAGACAAAUGAUCAGCUGAGGAGUAUAGACAGAGAAUAUGCAGAACAACGCAACAAAUCUAAAGAGUCCAUUUCAGAGUUACAGUCAGUGAUAGCACAGAUGAAACUGGACAUAAAACG